AUGCAAGGCGAGGCUUCGUCCGAUGGUGUCUUAAACGACGAGCCGCAUCAUGCAGCAGUAUGUAGAAAGGUGGGGAAAGUAUUUUUUUCUCCGUAGCAAUCGAGAUAGAGAUGUGGGAAUUUAACUCAAUGCCUAAAUAAUUGAUUUUUGCUGUAGCUCACCACCGUUGAAAAAGGUUUAAGUUUUUGGCGUGAAGCCGUAAACGAAAGUCCUGUGUGAUAUUCGUUUUCUUUAGCACAUCCAUCUUAGCGGACUCCAGUGUUAAACCUUUUAAAUUUUUUUCCUUUCUGAAAGAGCUGGCCAACGAGCGUUUUUGUAUUAUAACCACCCUUUUCAAUGACAGUAUUUCCGAAUAAAGGAAUUCUUGCGGUUACCAUCUCAGAAUUGCGCAAGACAAGAAGAUCGAGAUGGGUUUCGUUGUAAGGCCUGGGGUUAUGAAUAUUUCGGUGUCCAAGUUACAUUCAUAGCAUAAAAAAGAGUGGAAAACAUUUCACAACCUGCAGGUUUCGCAAUACCCAGGUCAACUUCUUUUCUCGUUCUGUGAUAAAUGUCUUCAAUUCAGUCUUCGCGUUUAUAUUGAGCAAUAAGCUUAAGCUUAAGUAUUUUGACGUAUCCGUCAGCGUUCUGCGCAUAGACAAGCCUUUUUCGGUUUUCUUCAAGCUCCCAAGUUUAUUUCUUCUUAAGGUGUUCAAUAUAAUAUGUAAGAAAGAAUCUAUAGACGUCCGCGGUCAAAAUUCAAUCUUUACUUUUUCGGUUUGAAAUUUGCGUAGCGAUACUCGACUCUUCUCUAAUAGAUGAGAACGUCUCUCCUUGAAAGCUAACAAACCCCUUGAUGUCAGAUGAAAUAUACCAACGAGCUAUUUAUAGCACGGCAUCUACCGUGAAACUGAGCGAAUGUCUCAGAUUAAACCAUUUAACGCUUAGCUAUGAGCAAUUCGAACCACCUUUCACUGCGAAAAACCGAUUUGAAACUGAAACUUGCGUUGUAUCAGUAUCUUUCUCGACGUUUAAUUAAAAAAUGCUUGCUCGAUAUUUGGCGAUAUACAUUCCAAUAAACUUAUUACGCAAGUUAGAACGUUUAAAAAUUCCUCAAGCGCAGUAUUUUGUCUGUCCUUGCGUUGAAAGUUGCACACUAUUUUUUGUAGGAUAUAUCUGAUCUCUGUCUACAUAUUGGAACUGGGAUUAAUGGUAAUAAGUUAUUGAUGUUCUACCGAUCUGUGCUUUGUUGCUUUUGUUUAUUAACAUAAUUAAAUCAGCUGAACAGUUUAGAUCAAUGACAAGAUAGCCAUUGUUUUUUCAUUGUUUAGGCGAAAUUAGUUUCAGUGAAAUUUCUUAGUUUAAUUUGCCCAAGAGCCUUCAGUUCACUGAUGCAUGACUAACUAGCUGGUUAAAUUAAUUACCAGGAUGAAUAUUAGAUGCUGGAAAAAAGAAAAUUGUUUCCUUUGGUGUGCAUGAGCCAUGGAAACGAAGUUGUUAGUUUGCAAGAGUAUUUAAUGGUGAUGCGAGAAUUUUGGAAACCAGUUAUAAAGACUAUACACACAACUUCUUUGUUAAGUUUUUCCUUGCUUCCUCCACUUUAAGAGGAGUCAAAAAUAAAAUUUCCAGUUUUAAUUUUUUAAAACUUGAAUGUAAAAUACUUAUGUUCUCUGAGGAGGUCAAUCACUUCUGUCAUACCACUGUACACCCUUAUAAGGGAGCUUAAGACAGACGACGGUGACGGCAACGAGCAUGGCAAAAAAGCAAUAGGUUUAGAUUGGCAAAACAACAACUUUGCACGUGCAUCAUGCUUUUUGGUACAUUUCUUAGCCAUCGUUGCAUGACUACAAUGUGAAAGUGCCUCAUUUUAUGUUUUGUCAAGGACGGGAACACAAGACAACAACUUUCUUUUUCUUUUCCCAAACUUAAGAAUUCAAGUCCAAAAACAUUUGCGAGCGUUUGUCGAAUUAAACAAGAUAGAAUAAGCGCAAUAAAAUCUGAGGCUGAGCUAAUUCACUUUUAAGUGACGUUUUCAUAGCCGUCGCCGUUGUUGCAGGUUCCUGAAAAGGCGUUUCAGUGCAUUUUGAGUGACCAGGAAAAGAAAUUUUAGCCAUGAGAAUGAUGCCUUGAUUUACCCACAUUUCCAAACAUCAACAAAACAAAAGUGUUGUUAACCAAAUUAAAGUGAAAUAUGGAUGGAUUUCUAGUCCCACUUAUGUUUCUGCAGAGCAAAAAAGAUGUCGGUAGUGUACCAUGUAUGUGACCAAUUUUGACGUCAAAUAGUUUGUAAUAUUUCUCUCAAUCAAUGUACUGUUUUGGCAAUAAAACCAAGUAAAUACAUUGAUGAUGCAACUCUGGCAUGACUUCUAUCACAACAUUAAGGCCAGCUACAUGGGCAGCAAUGUCUUUCGACUUUGAUCUCGCCACUAAAAUUUUAGAUUUACCGGUAAGAUUUUUAUCUGACUGUAUUGUUUGAGCGGACAUAUUGUCCGCUUACCUUUACAACUCCUGCCAGCAACAUGACAAAUUCCAUCACCUGUGAAACUAAUAAAAUGUCAUUUACCAAUGCCGCAGCAGCUUUGCAUUGUACAUCUUUUUAUUGGCAUGUUAUUUUUUUUUCUUUUGUGAUUUUUUGGAAAGGCACAGCAGUUAUCUGUUCAAAUUUGGCUUUAAUCAGCUGUCACUUAAUAUAUUACCCUGCAAACGUAGCCAUACAGUAUUUCCGUCCGAUUGUCACUUCUUUCCACUUUAACAGUUGCUUUUUGGGUGCAGAGGAGCUACGACUGGAAAUACAUCUGUUUUCGCGGGCUUAUAUCACCAGAGAAGAUGUUCAAAAAGGCUGGUGGAAUGAUAUUUUCACUUUUUUGUUGAUUUUAGUAGAAAUGAGCAUGUACAAUGGUGCAGUUAUCUUUUAGUGACAAGGUGCUUUACAGCCACUGUUUCAUCAGGAGCAGGCAUUAACCAUUAAAUGUGCAGUGCAACCAUACAAAUAACAUAAGUAGAAAUUAACGUGACUGAUUCUAGUGUUCUGAAAUUCAUGCAAUCUUUUAUUUAUAUAUCAAGUUAAAAAUAAAAAAUUAAAAAAACAUGCAACCUUCCCAAAACCAAUUAAGAGCAGUAGUAAUAAAUUUAAAUUGGAUGAAAAAUGUUGAAAUUGAAUGCUGUGGACUUCAACACAUUAUAUCAGCAAUUGGUUGUCUGCAAAUUUAACUUUGCACCUUCAUCAACCUUACCCCCAUCUCUUUCAUAUGAAGGUCCUACCCCCCCAUCUCCCCCCCUCCAGCCAAGCUGGGGAAUGACUAUGGUUAAGAGAAUACUGGCAUUAUAGUGUUUAGAUAAAAACCAAAAAGUUGUAUUCAUUUCAGAAAUUUAUUCAGUGCUGUCAUCAGCAAGAAUAAAUGCACCAGGCAUUGCUUAUUUUGCCUUAAGUGGUUUCAGCUUCCCUUAUCAAAUAUAGUUCACCACUUGUAGUCAUUGACGUUUUUGAGUUGUAAAGAGAUGAAUAACCAGAUCCUGAGCAAUGCUAAAAGUCAGGGCACAGUUCUGUUAAAAACCACUUGUUAACCUUUUAAGCCCAAAUAUCCACAAACAAAUUCUCCAAACUGAUCUUUCUACAUUUCCUUUAAGAAUUAGUUGAGAGAAUUUGAUAAAAGAUCAUGGCAUUUUAUCUUUGGUGAUCAUUUUAUCAAUUCUCAUAACUUUAUCUCUUCAUAAUGUAUGGAUAUUGUUAGGUGAAAGUUGUUGUUGGUCACCAUUGGCACUAAUAAAGGGUUAAGUACAGCUGUUAGACUACAGGUUUUCUGGCAGUCUCUCAUUGCAAUCAUUACGUUUCUUCAUAGGUUUUCUUUUGAGGGGUCAUUAAGUAAUAAUUACUUACCUUUUAUGUACAGCUGUGUUUUGUUUUGUGUCUCCUUUUCAUUAAGUAUGCACAGAUGUGUAUGUCCGUGAAAAAAUUAUAAACAAAAGUUCAUUAUAAUUGUUUUUCAUCUCCCAGCUGUACAUGUGCUGAACCACAUAGUAAUAAAAUAAUUAAUCAUUAAACCCAAAUGUUAUGUUUGCUUCAUGAGGAAAUGUUGGUUUUGUGACUUAAUAUUUCUUUUUGUAAUUUGACAUUUUUUGCCACCAGGUUUUUAGUAGUAUAAGUACACAUGGAACUGAUAUAGAACUCACUUCAAUCAAUAGGAUUCUUUGAAUACACACCUACCAUCCUAUUCCUCUAGUUCAACUGUGGUAAAUGCUUCUGACUAGUUAGUGCAAAAUGUUGGAUUAGGGAAGGGGUAUGUGUGUAUUUUACAGGGUUCUCAUUAAGUGCAGGUAACCUGUAAAAAAAUGGCUACUUGGAAUUUUGAGCCUCCUACCUCUGGGGAAAAAGGCUGGGGUGAGAAAGUGAAAGCCUGGACUGAGACUGGGUUAAAAGUGGGAUAAGAUAACCAAGGGUUAGUGCAAGAUUUGAAUUCAGAUUUGAAAGCUUAAAAAGCAUUUCAGUUUUCAUUCUUUUUGUCUACAAGUUGAUGCUUGGAAGCCCUAAAAAUAACAGAGAAAAUUAUUCGAGAAAAUUUUUUGAACACAAGAAAGGGUUAAAUUUAUCCUCUGGGUUAAGUGCUAAUCGGCCUUCGAACAACUGGGCCCUGGAAUUGCCUUUAGCACUCAAAACAUCUACAUGUACUUUUACAUCUUAUAGGUAUUUACUAUAAAACUCAAUGUGAAAAAAACCUAAAUUUACCUGAGUUUUAUACCAAUCUGCAUUCUCACUUAAAAGGGAACACUUUUUCCCGUCCUUUCCUGACUUUGUCAAUAUAUCAAGUUGUAUGACCUAUGUUAGGUUCUGCUCAUAGCCCAGUCAAAAUGCUUCACAACAGUGGGCAGGAUGGCAAAAUCCCAGGGGGCUGGGGUACUCCCUUUAAUAGCCCAUAAGGGGAGGCUCUGCCUGAGCUAAUAGGGGCUUUUUCAGGCUUCAGGUACAGCUGUAUACGAAAGAGUAGGGAUUUCACUUCUUGAAGUAUAUUAAAGGGUAGGGAAAUGUGUCAUUUCGGUCAGUAAAAAGGGUCAAAAGGGAGAACAGAUGCACUUUGCGGCUGUGAAAAAGUCAACAAAACGUUCUGGUUUUGUGGUUUAUUCAAAAUCUAAAGAGAGUGCAUUUACAGCAAUUAAAGCUAUAAGGUGGAUGCAAAGUUCUACUUGGUAUUUGAAAGGGGUACCAUUCGUCAGUAAAAAGUAUACGAUAGGGGUACCUUUUCUGCCAAAAAUGGUAAAUAAAGGGGUGAGGGGUCAGACCUCAGGGCUCUAGCCUCCCCGUAUUAUUUUUUUGUUAGUACCCCCAGUGAGGAGGGAGUGUUGGUGGAGGGGGACAAAAUGGUGUGCUGUCAAAUCAUUUUGACUGGGGCUGCACUUAUGGAGGGAUUGACAAUGCCUAAGGGAAAACCAAACUUUUGCAAAUGUGAAACAUGAACCAUAAAUAAACCACAUAACGAUAAAAAAAUUUAUAAUUUAUAAUUGUAAAAAAAAUGUACAAUAGUGUACAUGGCAUACUGUUUAACUAUAUAGCUUAAAUUGCAUAGAUCCUCUUAGACCACUGAUCCUUUUCAGAUUAUUUUUACCUUCAUAGUUACUUGAAAAACCAGUGUCAAAAGUUGAAGACGUGGUAAAUCAAGUCUUUUGUUGGAGGGGCUUAAAUGUGUAAAUCUCUCAAUGACCUUUCAGUUGUGCAAAUUUUGGAAUUAAAGUUGAUCAAAUAUUUAAAGCCGGGUAAUGGCAUGUUGUCUUCAUAAUAGCAAUAAUUAGGCAUUAAAGGUUUUUCAUGUGUUUAAUCUCUUCAAUGUGUUUUGUUUUUGUCGUUGUUGAAUUAAAGCGCUGCAGUCUUAAGAGUUAAUACACUACUAACAGAGACUGAUGUGAGAAGUCUUUUCUUUUUUCACAGAUGGAGAAACUUAUCCAUCAAAUGCAGGAUGAAAAGACUGGAGUGCCCAUUAGAACUGUAAAGAGUUUCAUGUCCAGAAUUCCUAGUGUUUUUACAGGUGAACAGCAGUUUAAAAAUACUAGUAGUUAAACAAAAUAAUGAAUAUUUUGUAAAUUGGAGUUGUAAUUUUCAUGGGUUAGAGUGGAACAGAAGAGCAUUUGAAAUCUGUAUGUUUAUAUAUUACAGUCGAACCUCUUAUGGCCUGCACCUCUCCACAACGGCCUCCUUUCUACAACAGCCACUUUUUUGGUGGAUAUUUCAUACAUUGACUCUUGUUUAAACCUCUCUACAACAACCACUUUCUUGUGCCCAAGGUGGCCAUUGUGGAGACUGAGGUUCCUUUGUAUAUAAGAGCUUAGGAGCUGUUUUGGAAUAAUGCAUGUCUAGGGAUCUAACUGAAUGCAGCCUUCUUGUAAUUCCUACAUGUGCGCAUGGUCUGUUUUGUUAGGUGAGUUUUACAUUACAGCUGUCUUCCUCAAGGAUAGUAAAAUAAAUUAAAGUGGAAAGCAUAACCCUUUAAGCCCCGAGAUCCACAUACAAAUUCUCCAGACUGAUCUCCAUUCAUUUCUUUCAAGAAUAGUUGAGAGAAUUUGGUUUACAAUCAAAGCAUUCUCCCUUUGAUAAUCAAUUUAGUAAUUCUCAUAACCUUUACUCUUGUUCACCCGCUGAUGUUGUAAGGAGAAAAUUGAUGUUGGCCACUCUUGUGACCAGGGAUAAAGGGGCGAGGAUAUUGCUGUGUUAGAUCAAUUCUGUACUGAAGUCAUUACUUUAAGUUCCCUUACCCAUACACAAAAUGCUCUAUUAGAAGAAGAUAUCAAACAUGUUUGAUCAGGAAGCAAUAAGCAUAAUUAUUAUAAAUUGUACUCACUAUCUGUCUUCUCGCUGGCUAACAGCCUACAGCUAAUUUUGGAAAUCAGGUCAACCUAUAGAUUAGUCAGUUAUCUGCUAGCAAAUAACUGACUAAUCUGUAGGUUGCGCACACAAUGCAUGAUUUCCAAUAACCACAUCAAUUUAGGUUCCUUGCGACGGUGUGUUUGUCGUUAUUUUCUUCAAAACAAUGUAUAAUAAAAAUCUUCAAUGUUUAAUCAAGUUUGGGCUUAUAGAAUUUAAUGUCGCAGUUUUUCAAUGACCAUGAAAUUCAGAAUCUGGGUAGCUAGUUAAUAAUGUUAGUUGUGGCCCUGAAAAAAUUUGAAGGAAAAAAAAAACUAAUUUUUAAGAAAAUGCUUUUGUCGUGAGAAGGACUCUUAAACGCUGACAAAUGUCAACAAAUAACUAAAACUAUAAUUUGUAUAUGUUUACAUCACGCGCAGUCUAAAGGCCCUAAAGCUUUUUGCUGACUUGCAAGGACCCAUAUGUUAUUCUCGGUUUUCACAUGACGUCACCAUAAUUCAAACUAAGAAACUACAGCUUCCUCUGAGUUUCUACUUUCGUGUGAUAUUAGAGCAGCUUAAAACCUUCAUACAAACAAAUUUUCGUUCAAAAGGGUUCUCUGUUUUGCGAUACAGGAUGCCUGAAUUUCCAGGCUUUUGCGUGACGCGUCAUUUAGCUGGCGGCCGGGAAAGCUCUCUUGUGGGUUAAAAACAUUACGGAUUUUUAGAGAUUUUACUCUCUAAACAUUCCUUGUAUUAGAAUAAUAUUAAUCUUUAUAAGUUCCUCAAGCAAAGAAUUCACGCAUAAGUAGCAAAACUCAAAAACAGAUGUUUCUGUUGGUUUCCGGCGGCCAUAUUUGUUCCCCUGAAAGGGAUGUCCACAAACAUGGCGUCUCCAUACAAAGCUUUAUAAAUUUGGGUAAAACGUUUUUCCGAAUAUCUUGCAUAUGAACUGUUGCAUAGACUUGAUUCUUGGCAAGGCUUUUUGUAUAUUUAUCUUCUUUCAUUUCCCAGAUUCUAGACUUUCUGUAUUAAAAGGUUUCCGUUUUUAUUUCUGCUUCCUCACGUGAGUGAAAACCGAGAAUAAAGAACUCCAGAAUAAAGAGAUAAAUCUCACAGUUUAUUAGAUCUCAUUGUGUAAAAUUUGCUUAUCAUUUUCACAUAAAUUAUGACCUAAAUUUGCAAACCGCUGAAUUUCUCGCAUUGGGUCUUUGCGAUUUUGGUGAAACUCUGUUCAACCCAAGGCACUAAUGUGCACUAUAUGUAGCCGAAAGAUUUUCACAAAAAAAUGCCAGCAACAGUAGAAUUUCGACUCAGACUCCAAAGAGGCGUGGCACUACAACCACGUGACAUUUACUCGGAACGGCAAAAAUUUUAUACUAUAUUGUAGAUUGAUCUACAUGUUAUCCAUGCUAUAUGUUUGACUUACUAUCAAAGGAAAGGUGGGGAUACCAGAGAGCUUCAAAGUAGGAUGGUACCCUCACAAAAUAACUGGAUCAAGUCACCUUAAAGUCCUGUUACUAUAUGGACUGGGAAUGUGCAUUUUUGUACCAUCUGUGAAAUUGCAUUUGUGUAGGUGGUGCUUGAAAAUCAAAUGUGGUCCUUGAAAAGUCCUUAAAAAGUGGUUGCAUUGUUUUGUAUGAACCCUGCCAUCCUCAAAGACUCAGGGACAGUCAGUUGGGCUGGGAGAAAAGGCACGAUGAAAGUACAGUGAAACCUCUAUUAAGCGGACACCCUCUAUUAAGCAGACACUAGGCGGGGUCCCGAAAUUAACGUCUCAUAUUUCCCUUUAUAACGAACCUCUAUUCAGCGGACACCUCCAUUAAGCGGACGCAGACACUUGAAUUAAUUAUAAUUGGCUAAUUUCUAUUGUUAAAAACCUCUAUUAAGCAGACAGCGGACUGAAUUGACAAUGGUAGUAUUGGAUUACUUCCUUGAAAUAUGUUCUGUAGUUGAUUAAUAAAGAUAAAUCAAUACAUUUGGCGGUCAAUAAACUGUAGAUUAGACGGAUAUCCGGCAGUAUUAUUGUCAUCCGCGAUCAAAGUUCACCUAAAAGUCAUGCGCAAAGUACAGCACAGCUUCCUUAGUUUCCUCAACAACAUGGAACUUAAUCACAAUACAAAGUAACCGUUAAUGUUAAUGUUAAUCGUUAACAAACGUUGCACAAUUUUUACAAACCUCUAUUAAGCGGACACCCUCUAUUAAGCAGACACUUGGGAAGGUCCCGAAGGUGUCCGCUUAAUAGAGGUUUCACUGUAUUCAGGUACGGGCGGAAGAACCCUUGGGUACUGACUCUCACCAGACCAUUUCCAAAUGGUCGAGCAAAUGUUGGCUCCUGAUUGGGCACAGAAAAUGCUUUGUAUUAUUGUGCCAAAUCGGAACAGCGUCUCCUGAGUUCUUUUCAUUAGUUCGUACACGACAGCUUUUGUCUCAUCAUAUUUGUCCGUUUCGUUCACCAACGUUUUGUGUGCAAGAGGAACUUUCAUUUCCUACUUUCCUAACCAGAAACAAAGGAACUACCAAUGAAUCACAUAAACGUUUCAGAUGGUAUCAGCAGGAAAAUUUCAACUUGCAUCGCGAAAAUUUUGUUUGUGACUGAUCACAAGGUAUCGUAAAAUUAAUAAAAAUUAUAGGGAGUUUAAGAUGCCAUGACUGCAACGACAAUGAGAACGUCAAAAAAGCAAUAGCUUGACCAAGCAAAACAACAACUUUGCACGUGCAUCACAUUUUUUUGUACAUUCUUUGCUGUCACUGCAUGCCAUAGCCGUGCAGUGAUGGCAAAGAAAUGUACAAAAAAGCACGAUGCACAUGUAGAGUUCUUGUUUUGUCAAAUAUCUAAACCUAUUGCUUUUUUGCCGUUCUUGUUGAUGUUGCCUUUAUCGUUGCUUAAGCUCCCUAUUCAUGUUUUGAUGGGGCAACUGAAUAAAGUUCAUUUUCAUUUUGCAGGUAGUGAGCUUGUCGACUGGGUCAUGGCUAAUCUUUCGAUUGAAGACAGAGGUAGUAAAUUAACCUUGUUCGUGAAUACCUUUAUUACAAAAAGAAAUGAACAGAGACACAAACAAGGACUGGCUAAGAAAACUACAUGUUGUAAAAGCAAGGAAUAAUAAUAAUAUUGCUUCUAGUUUUUGCAACCAUAUCCUAUAUUGUUGAUAAUGUUCUGAAAUACUUUGUGGGAGAGCCAUUCUUGGUUAUGAGGAACUGGCUUAAAUUGCAACCUCUUGGAAGAACUUUGACUGCAUGCUCAGUGGCAGAUCCAGACCUACAGAUAAGGGGGACCCGGUGGCCUGGGCCCUUCCGAUAGAUCUGCCACUGUACUGGGUAUGUGUCACUUAGAAGGGUACAUGUGUGUGGUACAAUGCAAAGUACCCUUGCCACGCCUACCCCUGAAAAUUUUACAAAUGAACUAAAUUAAUAUCAACAACAUUUUAACUGACUGCUUUAAUUCGCACACAGGUGCCGCAGUUCAUUUGGCGUCUCUUUUGGCAGCUUAUGGAUAUAUUUUUUCAAUUACUGAUCACCAUUUAAUGGUUAAAGACGAUGCUUCAUAUUACAGAUUUCAGGUGUGUUGAACUUUGACUGACGAAAGAUCUUUUAAAAAUUUUCCAAGAAUACUGAUUUAACUUUUUUUUUGCUUAAAUAAUGCAUUCUGCCCUAACUAUCCUGUUUUUAUUUUAGACACCAUUCUUUUGGCUAUCAAACAAUUGGGAACCAGAGAGUGUAGAUUAUGGUAAGGUAUUAUAAUAUACUUAAAGAUCACAGCCCACUUCACAACUGAAAUAGGUCCUUGGCAGCUUGUAGCCUACAAAGCAGGCGUAUUUUGGAGCGGGAUCCAUGAAUUGUUUUCAGGGAUGACGUUGUCCUGCCAUCUUGUACGUUAAUACUACCAGAGAGUUGGGACGAGUCCAGGGCUGCAAAUAACGGCCGGUCAACGGACAAUGUCCGGCCUGAUCGCGGACUUGACCGGUCAAACUCCGGUCUUGCCGGUCAUUUUGACCGGUCAUUUUUGGAUAAAAACACUUUAUUUUCCAUGCGGUUGUCGCUUAAUGCUCUAUAACGCUGCAAUGAUUUCUUUCUUCUUUGGCGUUUUUUGCUGCUUGGCACUAAACCCUUCUAAGAAAAAGAACGCCGCAAUAAAUUAAUUUCAUGUCGUCAUAUCGUAAUCUAACGCAGCAAAGUGAAUGACAAACUGAGUUGGAAAGUAACGCAACGUUGCAAGUCGUACUGUACUUUCGGCUUUGCUGUAAUCAGCUAUGUGACCUUCUCUGGGAAUUCGAAGGAAUUCAGGCAAAUCGAUCGCAAUUCUCAACAGGUCGUCCUGUGUUUCUCCGGGAAUAAAUGUUAGCCCAUCGAUUAAUAAUAAUUUCUUUUAUGUCGAACAUGAAUCUCGUUUGCAGACUCGAUUCCAGAAUGGUCUGAUAAAAAUUUAAGCUACUCAAGAGGGAAGGUCGUCGUCUAUCGCGGCGCUAGAUUCUCGUUCUUGUAAACAACUUUAUGCAAAUUUCUGUUGACAUUUGAGCCCUUCGCGAUAAAAUGUUGCGCGAUGACCCAAAUUUAUUUAUUGACUUCUGAUCAUCAACACGCUGUUUGUGGAACAAACCUCUCGCCAAUGCAAAUCAACUUCUUUGCCGAAAAUAUCAACGACGAUUCUUCUUUGAGGAAGUGACUUUCGAUCACAUGCCAGGCAAGGAAAAAGAUCAAGUUUCACCGAUGUUCAUUUCGGAACAUCAACGUAAAACAAGCGUGUGCAGAUUUUGUAAAAUAACCCAAUAUUUUUGGUUUUUUUUUUCGUAAUUUCUAAAGUUUGCUGAACUGUAUGUGUAUUCCGUUUCCUGAACCUUGGGAGUUUGAAAAGGAUUUACGCUCACUUUUUACCUCAAGAGACUUCAGACACCGCCGUGCAAUGAUACUCAAGGUAGAACGUAACAUUAAAACGCGCGAAAACCGCGGAAAGGAACUCUACAACGUGCGAAUGCAUUUUUCACCAAUUUGCUGUCAAAAAUGUGAACAUGAUUGCCAACAUAAUUGGAUAUUCCUUAGGCAAAAAAAAAAAUAUUAGUAUUCAUUAUUUGACCGGCCAGAAUCGGGGUUUGUCCGGGCUAAAAAAUAUUUGGCCGGUCAUCAUGACCGGCAACCUGCUGUCCGUUAUUUGCAGCCCUGGAGUCAAAAAGUGUUUUUAAGGGAGAGGUAGAUGGGUUUAAAAUAGGGGAGGGGAGGAAAAAUACUCUCCUCUCUCUCCUCCCCGCCCCUCCCUCUUAGUCUUUUUCGUUGCUUUUCAAGAUGGCGGCCACGAUCAAUGUACCUCCGAGUUUUCGUUAAAAAAUGCCUGCUCUGCAGGCUAGGCAGCUUGGGAUCUGCCGAACAUGCCAAAAUAACUAUUAAUAAUUUUAUUAUGGUAUACAACCCUAAAUAUACCAGAGAUCAGUAUCAUCAUCAUUAUUAUUAGAUUUGUUUUGGCGAGGAGACCUCAAGAAACCACCUCAGGCUUAUAACAGAGGCCACCUCAAAUACUAAUAUAUUUACAAGUAAAAGAAGUGCUGUGGGUGUGCUGUUUGAAAAAAAUUGCUGGACCACAUGCCUUGUGGCUCAGCAAUUUUUUCCAUAUACUCCACCCUUAUAAUUUCGCAUUUUAAUAGAUAUUCCAGCACCCAUAAAAUCGUAUGUGUCUUUCACUUUAAAGUUGGCUUUCUAGCAGAUUUCUGCAUGCUCUUUGAUUUCUAUUUGUGGUAUUGUUGUAUUCCAUAAUUGUUGCAUAAGCAGAUCAUGUGACUACAAGCUGCAUAGUCUAUAUUGUUCUCUUAAGAGCACUAUUAUUGUAAAUUACAUUAAGCAACUCCGUUUGUUUAACUUAAUUGUGUCAUCAAACUUGGUGGCCAAUCUGCUUAUUUGAGAUACUUGUCAUAAAUAAGCCAGUACAGUGAAGAAAUGAGGUCACAGCAGCAGAUUAAUAAAUGAUUUUAAGUGGCCCUGCUUUUAGCCUAUAUUUUGGCUCCUGUAGCAUCAAUAGUACAUGUAGUCAAAGGUAUGUUUUAAAAUAUUUUACCUACAUCGAUCACCACAAUCAUUCUUUUUGAUAAACUCUGUUUUUUUAAUUUCUAGCGGUCUAUUUGUGUAAAAGAACUAUGCAAAAUAAAUCAAGAUUAGAAUUGGAUGACUAUGAAGCGGUGAGUGAGACGGAAAUUAAUCUAGUAUACAAGUUCUGUUCUUGUCAUUUUUUGUAUUUACAUGUAGUGUUUUUCUUUAAUUGUUGUUAUUUUUCUUUCGUUAUAAGCAGCGUGCAAAGAAAGUUGUGUCCGAUAGCCUGGGACUAGUGGAUUUUGCUUUUGGGCUAGUGAAUUCUGGUCUUAAUUUGCCUGAUGGGCAAAUAAAUCUUGGGGGAAACUCACAUACAGAAGAACUGUAAUCAAUCCUGCUCAUCAAAAAAGUUUUUUCGGGCGAAUCAAAAUGACUCUUGGGCUAGUACAUGCUAGCUGCAACUUGCCUGAAUGGCAAGCUGUAAAACUGACUUUCUUUGCGCCCUGAUGAGGCUCUUAAUAUUGACUUCCUUUCAUUUGCAGGAAAAUCUAGCCAAGCUACAAAGAACGCUGUCCAGGAAAUGGGAAUUUAUAUUCAUGCAAGCCGAGGCACAAGCAAGGUGACUAUUUAACCCUAUAAGCCCCAAAAGAUCUGCAUACAAAUUCUCCAGACUGAUCUCCACCCAUUUCUUUUAAGAACAGUUGAGAGAAUUUGGUUUAAGAUCAAAGCACUCUCCCUUUGGUAAUCAAUUGAGUAAUUCUCAUAACCUUUACUCUUGAUGAUCCGUUGAUGUUGUUAGGAGAAAAUUGAUGUUGGUCACUCUUGGGACCUGAAGGGUUAACAAUUAUUCCACGAGUACCUGUUGGAUUUGAGAUGGUAUAGAGCCAAUGAGGCACGUAGCGCUGAGUUGGCUACAAUCUUCUCAUAUCCAACAAGUGCAAGUGGAAUAAUUAGGGAACUUACGAACCACGACGACGACUUUGUCGACAACGAUCGGAAGUGAGUUACAGUUUACUGCGCAAGCGUGACCAGUAAAUUUCAUCAUUGUGGUGUCAUCGACGACGCCAUGAAACAAAGUAGAAUCACUUCAUCCUGCAAUCCACAAGUUCUGUAGCUAUAAAUUAACUGUUUUAAGCGAUUUUUGAAGUCCUUUGCAUUUUCUUAUGCUCGUACAUCCAGGUAUCGUUCCUUUUUUCUCCUAACAAACGAUGUUGAUUGAAAAUUCGACUAAUGAAUUGAUUUUACUUCGAAGAAUGACAACAGCUGUGGAGGCCGAGCGAGCGAACUCGUAAGUGAUAAAUAUAUUUGUACGUAUUUAGGUAAGGCAAAUCAUAUAUCUUAAAUAUAAAGGAAAUAAACUUUAUGUGGAAAACAGCUAUCACAUCAGAAUGUCUCUUUUUCCAAAUAUAAACUCUGACAGACACUCAGACUCGGUCAUCUCAUUCAGGUUGAAAGUUGAAUAAUCUCCGUAAGGAAAGCAGGUGUUUUUCCACUCAAAAAGGUCAGACAACACAAAAGUUCUUCAUAGUCAAUGAAGUUAGAUGUACGGCUUAAAAAAUAAGAUCCUGCAUUGUUUUACAAGAUGUCGAAAAACUUUGUUGCGAACGAACAUCACAGUUUUACAUUUGUGUUUACAUUCAGUGCCAUCGUCGUCGACCUGCCGACCAACUGCAUCUUAAGUUUCCUUUUUCCCACCGAAACUGAUGUUCCUGUUCCAGUCUUUUCCCAGUUAACAGACGCCGUCGUCGUGAACUUCGUCAUGGUUCUUAAGUUCCCUAUGGUUUUAUUAGAAACGCCCACAAAAUUAUCGAGAAUUCUUCUGGACCUAUGUAUAAAAACAUCCGAUUUUCAGCUUGUUUUUAAUUGUGAGUAGAUGCAUACAGUUACCAUAAUUAUUUGGAGAGCAAGGUAUAAUGACUCAUAAAUGAUGGCUAAGCUAAUCAGCACUCUAGAAUUGCGUUAUCCAAUGAGUCCGUUUUUAAUAAUACCAUUUAUCCACGAACGUUCCGCUAUUCAAAGUAUGAACACAGGAAACCAGUUCAACCAGCUCAAGUGACCACCCUAGUAUCCAAAAUACAACAAAUCAGUUUUCAGUCAAAGCGCAGUAAAUGUACAUCCACGUAUGCGUAUUACCUUACUGAAAGUGUCAGUUACUUUUAACUUUUGCAGCCUCUCAUAAAUGACAAG